AUGUCAGCAGAACUGAUCAGCACUUAUAAUAAACUGUAUAAUGAUGGCAUUCAAAAAAUCAGAUCAGAUCAAUAUGAAACAGAUGAUCUGAUAGAUUCACCACUUGAUAGAAGACUUGGUGUAACACUUUUGAUCAAGCCGGAUGAACAUGUGAGACAUCGGAUUCUGAAAUUUCUUGCUGCUUUACACGCGAUUGAACCGCAGCAAUAUUAUUAUCCGUCUUCCGAUAUGCAUGUUACUGUAAUGUCGAUCAUCUCUUGUUAUGAAGGAUUUGACUUAAAGAAGAUUGCAGUUCAGGACUAUAUCGAUCUUAUCUGUAAAUGUUUACCAUCGCAAAAGAAUAUUGGAAUCGAUUUUAAGGGUAUCACUGUAUCACCAUCGUGCAUUAUGAUCCAGGGAUUUCCUCAACAACCUGUUCUUGAUGAGCUUCGGAAUAGCCUGCGAACAGCAUUUAAAACUUCUUCACUUCAGCAAAGCAUAGAUAAGCAAUACUCUAUUCAAACGGCGCAUGUUACUGUGGUUCGAUUCACAAAACCGCUCACAGCAAAAGAAGAAUUUAUAAAAAUGCUCGAACAUUUUAAAGAUUACGACUUUGGUACGGCGACAAUCAGCGAGAUGGAACUGGUUCAUAACGACUGGUAUCAGAGAGAGAAGUUCGUGAAAACAUUAUUCCGGUUCAAAUUUUAA